AUGUCACCUCGGCGGGUGAUGAAACGUUUGCGACCUAAACGCCAAGCUCAGCGAACACAAAACCCCACAAACCACAAAAAAAAUCAGAAGCUGCGGGUUGUCUUCGAUUGUGCUGCCAAGUGUGCCGGGAUUGCCCUAAAUGAUCGUAUACUACAAGACCCAGACCUGACUACUCCGCUGAUUGAGGUGCAGUGCAGACUUCGGCUGGGGUCAGUUGCAGUAGCGGCCAAUAUCGAGGAGAUGUUCAUGCAGGUCAAUGUCCACGAAGGGCAAAGGGAUGCUCUACGGUUCUGGUGGUGGCCGGAUGGAGGCAUAGACGGACCUGCCCAAGAGUAUCGGAUCACGGUGCACCCGUUUGGAGAGUGA